AUGAGCAGCAGUGGAUUGGAAAUCCCAGUAAAUGCGUCAGCUGUCAGUUCAAAAGCAUCCCCAGUUGGUAAUUUAGCAACCGCACCUAUGUCGCAAGCUUCACAGCAGCAACAGCACCAGCAGCGAUUGCUUAUGCAGCAAAAAAUGAAGCAACAACAGCAGCAGCAGCACCAGGCAAUGCAGAAUUUCGAAAAUCAGUUUUAUCAAUUUCUAAUAACCAUCAACAAGAAGCCAAAGCGUUUGUAUAAUUUCGCUGAAGAUACGGAUGCGAUUCUAAAGAAAUAUGAGCAAUUCCGCCCGAGUUUCGAGUUUCAUAUUUAUGACAAUAACUACAAAAUAUGCGCACCGGCAAACACAAGACUGCAGCAGCAACAGAGGGUGCCGCAAACCACGAGCGAUGGAUUGAUCCUCAAUAAGAAUAACGAGACAUUGAAGGAGUUCUUAGAGUACGUUGCUCGUGGUCAAAUUCCAGAGGCUAUAAUGGAAGUUUUAAAAGACUGCAACGUACAGUUUUAUGAAGGUAAUCUCAUUCUUCAAGUUUACGAUCACACAAAUACCGUAGAUGUCAAGCAGUCGCCUUCGCAAUCCAGAUCGCAGCAGAGUCCGCCUUCGAAUGGAACUGAGCAAAAAGCGCCGGAGCAACAGCAACAGCAGCGACAGCAGCCGCAAGAGCAGCAACAGCCGCCUUCUGAAGGGCAGUCUCAAUCUACGCCCGUGUCUGCUUCAAGUUCCAUCACGAGGGCUGCAGAUGCGGGGGUCAGGAUUUCGGACGAGAAAUCCGAGGAUGGGUCUGUUAACAACGAAAAUCAAAAACAUGGCAAAGAGCCUAUUGCCGUUUUUAAGCGGCCCAGGGUUUACAGGACUUUGCUACGUCCUAAUGGUUUAACUCAUUACUAUGACAUGCUAUCAUAUGCUGAUCACACUCGGUUUUCCGACAACAUUUAUCAGCAACUCGAAGCCGAAAUCCUCACUAUAACAAAGCGCAAUUUGGACCUAAACGUGCAGCUAAGUCCAUUUGAACAUCAAGGUAUGCUCGACCACUCUCUAUUUUUGAAACCAGAAUUAGAUCCGGAAACCGGCAAAGUGGAGCAUUGCCAUCGUCCUCUUUCCUUUCAGGCCGGCACUAAAGGAGAAGUUGGACACAUUGAGCAGCAUGAGGAACUUCCACAACACAGUUCUACUUACGAACAAAUGAUGUUGAUUAUGAGUGAGCGAACUAGCACCACAACUAUGUCAACUAUAGCGGCAUCACUAGCCCAAAGUGCUGUAGAUCUCACGAGCAGUUCUCUCAAAGGUGGAUCAGGAAAGGGAUCAUCUGCUUCGACCACCUCUGGAAGGGCAAAUUCAAGUAACACUGUGGCAGCAGCUGCAGUUGCUGCGGCUGCGGCCGUUGGUGGAAGCACUGAGAACAAUCAAUUCAGCAGAUUGAAAUUUAUCGAACAAUGGCGCAUCAAUAAAGAAAAGAGAAAGCAGCAAGCAAUGAGCGCCAACACCAUGCCAAAUGCUUACAACGCGAGGAUUUCCAUGUCUGCUCCUUUAACCGCCCAACAGCUCAAGCAGCAGCAAAUAAUGCAGCAACACCAGCAACAAGCGUCUGAACAGCAGAGAUCCGUCAAUAAGCGAGCAGCUGAUGACGAUAAAGCCAAACCUAAGAAGUCAAGAAAGGCUACUAAAAAAGCGGCACCUUCAGCCACAUCUGCGGGCGCCGCAGAUGCAGGGAAGAAGAAAAGAUCGACCAAGAAGAAAUGA